CCGCGGCGGCUCCUGGCGGCGCGGAGUGCGCGCGCCCCCCGGACGGAUUCGGGCGGAGCGCGAGAGCGCGGCAGGACUUCUUUCUGAUGAAGCAGACAGUUCAGGAUACAGAGUCCAAGGAUGAACGUUCACCGUGGCAGUGAGAGCGACAGGUUAUUGCGGCAGGAGGCCAGCUGCCUGACGGAUGAAGCCUCAGCUGCAGCCCAAGAAAAAGAAACAAAUAGCCCGGGUUCUUCUGGUCUUCAAACUCUUGCUUAUCCUCUAGGUCCCAGGAAUGAUGACCUUUCAUUUGACUAUGCCUCUCAGCCAGCAAACCUUCAGUUCCCGCACAUAAUGCCACUUCCUGAAGACAUCAAAGGCUCUUGCUGCCAAAGUGGGAAUAAACGGAACCAUGAACCCUUUAUUGCUCCAGAACGAUUUGGAAACAGCACUGUGGGCUUUGGCAGUAAUAUUCAUUCCCAGGCGCCAGAGAAAGUGACACUUCUUGUAGAUGGCACACGUUUUGUUGUGAAUCCACAAAUUUUCACUGCUCAUCCAGACACCAUGUUGGGAAGGAUGUUUGGACCAGGAAGAGAGUACAACUUCACGCGGCCCAAUGAGAAGGGCGAGUAUGAGAUUGCUGAAGGAAUCAGUGCAACUGUAUUUCGAACAGUGCUGGAUUAUUACAAAACUGGUAUCAUCAACUGUCCUGAUGGCAUCUCUAUCCCAGACCUUAGGGAUACGUGCGAUUAUCUCUGCAUUAACUUUGACUUCAACACUAUCCGAUGUCAGGAUCUGAGUGCUUUGCUGCAUGAACUGUCCAACGAUGGUGCUCACAAGCAGUUUGAUCACUACCUCGAAGAGCUGAUCCUGCCCAUCAUGGUGGACUGUGCCAAGAAAGGCGAGCGGGAGUGCCACAUCGUUGUGCUGACCGAUGAGGAUUCUGUGGACUGGGAUGAAGACCACCCCCCACCCAUGGGGGAGGAAUAUUCCCAAAUUCUUUAUAGCUCUAAGCUCUACAGAUUCUUCAAGUAUAUUGAGAAUCGGGAUGUCGCUAAAACAGUGUUAAAGGAGCGGGGCCUGAAAAACAUUCGCAUUGGAAUUGAAGGUUACCCUACCUGUAAAGAAAAAAUUAAGAGAAGACCUGGUGGCCGAUCUGAAGUAAUCUAUAAUUAUGUGCAGCGCCCCUUUAUCCAGAUGUCGUGGGAAAAGGAAGAAGGAAAGAGUCGCCAUGUAGAUUUCCAGUGUGUUCGAAGCAAAUCCCUCACUAAUCUGGUAGCUGCUGGAGAAGAUGUCUUGGAGGACCAGGAGAUACUAAUGUACCACCCACCCCAAGUAGAUGAACUUGACCGGCUAAAUGCCCCACUUUCUCAGAUGGCCUCUAACGACUUUCAGGAUUAGGGCCAGCUGUGGGUCCACCCCUCUUCAGAGCCUUUCUGUCUGGGAUGCUCACAGCCAGUUCUCCCCAUGGUUUGUCUCAUCCCGAGUAGGAGACAUGCUUCUCCCUCAUCCUUUUCCCUUUCUCCCAUAAUCAACGUGUGUCCUUUUCAGUAAAUCUGUGCCUCCGGCAGAGGAUGACAAAGCACUCACUGGUAAUUAAGAUACUAGCUUUAUAGCAGCCUUGGUAACUUGAAAAAUUUGGGUCUGGUGCUGUUCACUGAGUCUUUGCAUAACUGCAAAAGCAGGAAAGGAAGUCAAGAAAUCCUGUUGCCUCAUAUUCAGCAAAGCAGUCCUCGUCCCUUACACUCUGUUCUUGGCUUUUGCCUGUUUUGUUUUGUUUUAUACCAGGCAAAUUACUUAGUAGCAAAGGGACCAAACUUAAAAGACAAUCUCUAUCUUUCACAAGCAGGCACUAACGGGAUGCUCAUUAGAGGUUAGGGAAGAGGCCAUUCCUGGGGGCCUCUGUGCCCAGGUUGCACCUGGAAAGAACUGGGCCCUCAUUCAAAAUGUCCAAGAGGAAAUUUCUAAGAGCUUAAAUUCAGUUCUGUUCUUCAUUAAUGCAAUGAACAAUCCAAAACCACACAGAGAGAUUCUUUGACAGGAAGGAUAAUGGCAUAACAAUGUUUAUGAAACCUUUUUAGCUUCAAGGUUUUUGAGCCUAAACAAAUUGAUUAUUCAUUUGGAAUGAAACUUACAACUCAAGUAGAACCUCUCCAAAUCAGGCCACUUGGAUUAUCUUCUCUUGGAAUCUGGUAUGAAGCCAUAGGUCGUCACCCUAGGGCAGCAUGUUGCUGUGGGUGUGGCUGGGAGACCUUAGAUGUGGCUUAAAGGCUUUCAAGACGUGGGCAGAAUUUUCUCACAAGUGCUCAGUUUCUCAAUAGAAAGACUUAUAAGAGCUCCAGGGAGGGGGCAUUUGGGCUGAAACUGGGUGGGAAAACAUCACCUGCUCAGGCUUUUUCCUGGCGCAGGAUUUUUCUUUGUAUAUUUUUUUCAUACUAUGGAAUGUUUCUGGGUAUCAAGAUAUUUCAGUUUUUGAAAUAGCCUAUCAACUGCUCACAGUGGGUAAGAAAACCAUAGUGUCAUCCCCAAAGGAAGGAUGAGUUGAAGGGAAAUUAGGCCUAGUAAUUUUGUUUGAUCUGUCAGCUCUGUGUUAACAGUGCAUGAUGUAUGACAACCCAGCUCACUCUCCCCAGUCCCCCCAGUACUGAACCACCUUCCCUGAUGUCCCCGUGGCUAUUAACAGCAGAGCAAAAUUUAGAGUCUAGAGCCAGAUAUAAGUAUCUUGAGAUUAUCUCCCAUUUUGCUGUAGAGGUGGGCCUUCCAGGCACCUACCCAGACCAUUUACCCAUCACAAAUUAUGAAGAGACACGUAGUUUCCUUCAAGUUCUUUCAGAUAAGAACGUGACUGAUUUUCUUCAAUUCCAUUCCCAUGAGAUACGGUAAGGCAAGCUACUUGAUUGCAUUUUUAUGACUGCCCUAGUCACAGUCCUCCAAAGGUGAAGUUAGAUGGGUGUUGAAACCUGCUGUUUGCAGGCUUGAAGAACAAGAGUGUUCUUAGGAAGUGGGUUCUCUGUGCAUCAGCAUCACAGUGGAAAUCAGUGCUCUGUUCCUUACUCAGAAAUAGUAGUAGUAAGGGGUUAAAACUGAGCCAUCUCCCACCUGCAGAGUUCUUCUGAUUACCAUUGGCAUCCAUUGGUAAGGCUGAUGGCCAGGGUUAAGGUUUAGGGUUGUUUUGUAGCCAGAGGGUAGUUUUACUUCUGUGAAACUAAUUGGCUCAUAUUUGAGGUCAGGUUUGGCUUUGACCUCACCAGUACUAAAUUCAUACAUUCAACUAGUAGUUGACUAGCCCUUGUAAUUGUUUAAUGGUGCUUCCUUUACACUUUUCAGUUGACUUCCAUGCCAUCACAAAGGAAAUCUGAAUUAACUAUGUAGUUUCUGACAUUAAUACAUCUUACAUAUUGUUAACAUUUAAGUAUAAACGUGCUCCAGUUAACACUCUAAAACUACUUAGUCCUUGCUUGGGUAAAAAGCCAGGUAUGAAAGGAUGGCAUGUACUUAACACUGUGUUCUAUGUAAAUGAUUAAUUUCCUCAGACUUUCAAGAACUAGGUCUUUUUUCCCUCCAAAUUAGGUUAAUAUGCUUUUGGCCCCAACCCAUAGGGUUUGAGUGAGCUGGAAAUCUGUGGAGGUAAAUCUGGCAGUGUCACCAGGUGGUGGUGACUGAGGGGAAAGCUGGGUCCACAGGUUCCUUAUGGUACAAAGGGAGGUUUCUUCACCACCCCAUGCCCUCCCAGCCUGGAGCUCAGCAUCACUGUAAUUGGGUGGUUCCCUUCAGCCACAGCUGCUCGGUUCCCAGGGCCAGGACAUUCCGCAACGGCAGGACCUCUCAGUGCUCACAGGGACGAGGGCUGGAUUGUGGCCAUUCCCUUCAGUCAGUCACUGGCCAGCUGGGCAAGAGGUGUUGUUUCUACUAAAAAAGGUGGAACUCAGGUUUGAUAUUUUUUCUAAGUGCCUAAAUAAGUAAGCCAGGCUGUUUAUACAGAAACAUUUUCAUAAGAAAAUGGUUUUACCCAGACUGUCUUACUCAGAGGUAUCUCAGCAGGCCAAGAUGAACCUGAAUUUGAGGUUUAGAAUCUUGAGUUUGUGUCUGCAUCCUAUCAUGUAUAGUUGAUUAGGAAACAUUGCCAUUGUAGAGUUGGAGAGUGGGCAAGGAGACAGUGUCAGAAUGUGUCUGGUGAGAUUACUUAAUGGUUUCCCCAAUGUGGGGGAGACGUAUUGAAAGAAUGACAGCAAAAACGGUAAGGACACUAGAAAGUAGUUGGAUUUACUGCACAAUAUGCAAUAGCCAAUAUUAUUUUAACUAAAUUCCAAGAGAACAGUGUGAUAUCUAAUGUAUAGAGGUCUAUGAAAAUAUUGUGGAAUAAGCCUGGGAAGGGUGGAUAUAUUUGCAAAUAGUGUUCCAACAGGUCUUUCUGUAAGUAAAAACAAUCAAAGCACAGGCUUUAACUCAAAUUGUCAAAAUGUGAUAUGCAGCAUUUUUUAUCAAGUGUCAACAGAAAGUUAAAGAAUCGGGGGGUAUUAGUCAUUUAUUCGAUGCCACUUCUUGCCAUCAUUUUGAAAUUGUUAAAAUGGGCACAGUGAGUUCAGAAAGCAAACCUGACGCCUUCUUGGGAGAUGGAGCCACAUUUGUGCUCUGGGGGGAUCACCUCUGCAGGAGAAUAGGACAUUUCUCAAAGGCAAAAUGCUUGUAGGUUUUGCCUCUUUACUUUGUAUUCACUUUUAAAGUUGCACUUGUUCACCUAUCAGUGUUUACGAAAUCCUAUAUUCGGGAUGCUUUUUCUAUAAUAAUAAAAUAUUAUCAUUUGUGUC